CGCGCGCCGGUACGCGCCAGACGCGUCCGCCAUUUUGUAUAAAAACUUUUUAAAAACGUUCCGUUUUAUGUGAUUUGUUUUGGAACUGUGAAAUAUUGUGUGGAUUUUCUUAUUUUAUUUUGUGUAAUAUGAACUCAAAACGCUGCCAGAUGAGACUUCGCACGUAUUAAAUAAGUUAUGUGACAUAUUUACUGAAGAAAAUGGCUGAAAACGAAGGACCUGUCACGGUUGAUGAUCUGCCUAUAGCCUUCCAGGUCAAGUAUUUGGGGCAGAGCGACGCUCGAGGGCUAUGGGGCAUCAAACACACGAGGAAACCAGUCGACCUUAUGGUGGCAGCUGCGAAGGCUCUACCUCCAGGUCAAAUCCUCCCCAUCGUAAAGCUGACCAUCACAGUCGACGGCGUCCAUCUAGAGACCAUCAACCACACCACGAAGAAAGACGAGUUCGACCACAUGUCCGUAUUCUUCAACAUCGAGUCCAUAUCCUAUGGGGUCCAGGACCUGGUGUAUACAAGGGUCUUCUCAAUGAUCAUAGUGAAAGACAAUGUGGACGCUAAAGGCUUGAAUCCUUUUGAGUGUCAUGCCUUCGUUUGUGAGUCGAGAAAUGCAGCGAGAAGGCUCACAUACUCCUUGGCAGCAGCCUUCCAAGAUUAUUCAAGGAGAGUUAAAGAGGCACAAACUACGCCAGAACUAGAUGAGAGGCCGCCCAACUUAAAGAAGCGCUUCGCGAUUGACCUCAGAACGCCGGAAGAAAUUGAAGCAGACUUGGAAACGGAAGCAUGAAGCACCAGUGAUCACCAGAGCUGGGAUGAAAUGUCAAACAUCAACGUACCAGGUCUUUAGUAUCAGCAUCAACAUUAUGUAGGUUAAUUAUUAGUCUCCACUGCUCUUGCUAUUGCAAGAUCCUUUAUAAUUUACCAGAGGCAAAUGGAGUAUUUGGCCUACACUCCCCACGCUGGCCAGACGGGUUGGGGAGGCCUGAUGGUCGCAUAUUUGUCCUUACCUAAGUCUGUCGCCUUAAAACAAUGUUAACAGCAUUGUUGUGUUCCGGCACUUAGAGGUGAGAUAGCCAGUUCCUCCGUGGUUGAGGAUUCCGGGCGAAGCUCGCUUCCACCUUCGGCCUGAUCGUCACUUACCAUCAGGUGAGAUACAGGCCAAGAGCUUCCUCGUUGUGGAUAAAAAAAAUGUCCCUUAGUCCCUUAAUUAAGACAUCCUUGGAAGGAUUUUUCAAAAUGUAUUUCAUGAAUUACUCUCACCGGAUAGAAUAUACUUGAGUUUGACAUUUCAACCCAUAAUUAUGUUAGUCAUUUUAAGUAUUACACAAAAGAAAUAAAAAACCAAUAAUUAUUAUAAUAAAUGUGUUACUAGUUGUAUUUUUGUAGCCAAAGCUUCAAUAGUUUAAGUAAUAAUGUACAUAAAAUAUAUUAGUUAUAAAAUAAACUGCACAUUCCGUUACUUUAUAAAAUUUAGUUUGUUUUUGAAAUCUGUGACGCCAUUUUAUACACACGUUUACAAGAAACAAAAUGGAGGAUAGAGAGAUUUUUCUAAUAUAACUUUUAUUUUGUAAAACUUUCAAGACGGUUUGUUUUAAUUUGAUUGUUAGGUAUUAAAUUCAAAAAAACUGUCAUGUAGAAGUUCUUCUGUUGGGCCUAAAAUACAAAGAUUUAAUUAAAUCAAAUACUUAACUCUACUCAUGUAAUGGCGUUCCAAAAUGUAUAUUAUUUCGGUUGUUUUUCAAAGCAAGGUUGUAGAAUAAUAAAUGUUGAAAAAGUACACAGUACACUUGAUGUGUAAGAUUAUUUUGAACUUUAUUCUCGCAAAAAUUGUCUUUGCGAUUAUUUUCGAGGCUUUUACUUAUAAUAAUGUAGUUGAAAUCAAACAUAAUAUGGAUAAGAAAUUAAUUAGUGUGCUAUAAACAUUAAAAAUGGCGCCAACGAUGU